CGUGCGCAAUGGUUACGCAAAGUGUUCGCAGCGCGCGUGGCCGGGCGGAAGUGAUAAUCGCAGCCACACGUGGAGUCGGCGCGAUGGAGGAGGAGAUGCAUACUGACGCCAAAAUCCGCGCUGAAAUUGGAACAGGGUGCAGCCCUCGGGGUCCCGGCUGCAGCCUCCGGCACUUUGCCUGCGAACAGAACCUGCUGUCGCGGCCAGAUGGCUCUGCUUCCUUCCUGCAAGGUGACACCUCUGUCCUGGCGGGUGUGUACGGACCGGCCGAGGUGAAGGUCAGCAAAGAGAUCUUUAACAAGGCCACACUCGAAGUGAUCCUGAGGCCGAAGAUCGGGCUGCCUGGUGUUGCAGAGAAGAGCCGGGAGCGGCUGAUCAGGAACACGUGCGAGGCGGUGGUCCUGGGCACAUUGCACCCCCGCACCUCCAUCACUGUGGUGCUGCAGGUUGUCAGCGAUGCUGGCUCUCUCCUGGCCUGUUGUCUGAAUGCUGCCUGCAUGGCAUUGGUGGAUGCAGGUGUGCCCAUGCGGGCUCUCUUCUGUGGGGUCACCUGUGCCCUAGACUCUGAUGGGACUCUCGUGCUGGAUCCUACAUCCAAGCAAGAAAAGCUUCAUUCUCUCAGCCAGCAUCUCUCCUGAGGCUGGGACUGACCCCUUAAGCUCCAUUUCCAUCUUAAGAGGCUCAAAAGCAAACAAGAAGACAAGAGAGCUUUCCUCGUCGGCUCAGGUACAGUGUCCUAAGCUCAGGUUAUUCUGAGUUUUCUGCCCAGUGCUAUAAUGGUCCCCUCCAGUCAAGAAGACAGAAACCACUUGGAGGGUUUCAGAUGGAGGGAGUUAAAUGCAGGGACUUUGUAACAACAGUGUUGGAGGAGCUAGAGGAGGAAAAAGGAACCAGGAGUGACACCCAAAGAUGAGAAACCCCUCCCAGACCUGGGCUGAACCUGCGAGCCAGCUCCUGCUCUGUCAUGUUGGAGACAUCAUCUCAGUUGGCUCUGCAUGCACAUAGCAUGUCCUGCCUCUGCCCUGGCCACUGAGGUCCAGAACCCACCACACCUCCGUGGCUGUCACACAGCCACAGCCAUCAGCACCUGCUAUUGUCAGUGAGGACCAGGGUGCUGCUCUUCUUCCAUUCUCCCACCUCAUUACUGCUGGAAACUAGCUGGUAAGGGAGUCUGGGACAUACAGCUUGCUGGCUUCCGGCCCCUCUGGGGCAGAGCAUGGAAGGAUGACUGAGAGGCCGAGAGGCACCAGAUAAGUGAGUGGCACUGUGGCUAGCCCCUUGGGGCAGGAAUACUAAGCUUGGAAGCCCCUGUCAGAACCACGUGGUUGGAAUAAGGGGCAUGGAGUACAGUUCUACAAAGGAAAGGCAGAGGGCUAUACCUAGGGAAGUAGGGAAGGAGUGGUGUAGACAAAAAAUGACUGCGCUUCAUGCUUGAUAGGUGAGCACCUGGCUGUGGAAAGGGAGGGGCCUGGGGGCCAAGGGUCCGGAGUCCCCUCAGUGGGACUGGCUGCAGGUGUGUGGUGGGAAGUGGGGUGUUGAGACAGGGUCUCACUGUCGCCCAUGCUGGAGUGUAGUACGAUCACAGCUCACUGAAGCUUCAAGCUCCU